AUGCCUCAAGGAUUCUGCUUAUGUGGCGAACUUGCCUACGAGUACACAGGCGAGCCAGCCAUAACAGCUCUCUGCCACUGUCACUCCUGCCACUGUCACUCCUGCCACUGUCACUCCUGCCAAAAAUGGUGCGGCGCCAUCUCCUCCAACGUGCUCGUUCCCCGGGCCCAAUUCACGCUUCUCAAGGGCACGCCCAAGACCUUCGAGGCGCCAGGCAAUUUCGGCAAGAUUAACAAGCGCUCCUUCUGCUUCACCUGCGGAACCAGCCUCUUUGGUGAACUCGAGAUCAUGCCUGAUUUCAUUGGUAUAAAGGCUGGUGCUCUUGAUGGUGGCGUGGCAGACUAUAAGAAGGUCAUGACUGAGUUCUAUACCGAUGAGCGCCUCAGCUUUUGCAAGGCCCUUGAGGGCGCAAAGCAAGAACCCAAGUUUGGAAUCUAG